CAGACACAGAGAGACAGAGAGACAGAGAGAGUGUGUGUGAGAGAGAGUGAGAGAGUCAAGCUUUGUUGAUAGUUCUCGAGAGCCAGGUGUAACGGGUUCCAGUCUGGCGUUGUGUAUGGCCAAAGGAAGUAGCAACAUUCUCAGAGACUACAGCGUCGUAUGUUCCAAUCUCAGCGUUGUGUGUUUGGAUGAAGUAGUACAUGUAGUGAGCUUUACCCAGUGCCAGGCGUUCUAUGUUCCAGCCCCGCGUUGUGUGUGUGUGGGUGAAAUAACUAUCUAAGUCUGAUGACUGCCAGGCGUUAGAUUUAUGUGUUCCAGUCUUGAGUUUUGUUCGCGGAGGAAGUAGCGAGAUUUUACAGGUCAAAAAGGGGAGAUUAUUCGACGCGCCUCUCGAGAGACCUCAGACACGGCGUGAAAGGAUAUCCGGACUGUCACUGCACGUCACAGCCCCGAAGUCUUUAUCGAUUACAAUUACCUGAUCGAUGCCUGGAGUAAAAAUAAUAUUAUUAUAAAAUUCUUUGCACAGAAGACUUCAAACAGAUGGUGGCAAGACAAGAAGAUGUCCCAUAACGAUUACACGCCGGCUGAUACUACGCUCGAUAUGGAAAAAAAAUAUUGAUUGAGGUGACUGUGAAAGUGGAUUCUUUGUAGCGAAAGUUUCAAACAGGAAGAGGCCUGAAUGCGAUUUGUGCUGUUUUUAAUCUUUGGAUACACGUCUAGAAUUGGUUGGCGUGACAUUGGACUUGUAUAAUUGAAAUUUCUUCACGGAGUCAACCCCAAUCAGAUAGAAGCCUGUGUGAUAUUGCAAGUAGUGCAUUAAUUAAACUUUCGGCAAUAACCUUGAUUUGUUUGGCGUGAUUUUGAACGCGCUGUUUCAAAAGAAAAUGUUUCUUUCAAUGGAUUCGACGGAGCUGUGAAUAUUUCUGAAAGGACGUUAGUAAAUGUGCUAUCUUAGUGUCUAGAGACGUUAUUUCAAAGUUCCUGUGUAUUAUUUUACAUGGUUUCUGUCAAUGUGACUAGAGGAUCGGUCUCUUUCUUUACUUCUCCAUCACAGAGAAUUGUGCAGAAACCAUCUCCUGGCGUCAAAAGACAGACAUGAUUUCCGUGACGUGGUCAGUGUUGUGGACUGUCUGUCUGCUGAGGCUGGACACAGGAUGACCUCGUGCGACCAGAAGGGGUGCUGUUCGCCGUAGCGUAAGCUUACGCGCUUAACCUAAGUCCUGGUGAUUAUAGGAUUCGGGUGAUAUGGAGGUGAACGAAAAACGAGCAGUGGGUCGAAAGAUCAUUCGCUCUAAAAGAGGCGACGGCAGAGCGCAUGUUGUAGCCCAGUGGGAAAAAGUACAGGAUGAUUUUGUCUCCGACAACGAGAAACAGAAGAAGACCGUGAAGGUGAUAAAAAGGCAGCCCCGGAACGAGACAGACCAGAGAAAUGCCGUCUCGAAAGAAGAUAAUUCGUCAAUGCAGAGAGCAAAGAGCUCACUGGGGUUUGAACACGCGUCGGACAAAUCCACGAAAGACAACCCUCACCAGCAGAAGUCGCUCUCUUCCCGAGCAAACUUACAGAGCUUGAAGAAAAAUGGCGUCCUUUUAGGUGAAGGCCUCCCUACCAGAGGUUGCUCGUCGGCGGUGGGGUUCAGUGAAAAGUCCUCCAGAUAUAGAGGUUCGGUACCCACAGAGACGAACAGCGGUGGGUUUGACGAGAAAAAAGAUGAGCUUGACUUGACAGAAAAACUAAAGGCAUUCAGGUCUUUGAUAAAUCCUAAAGCAAAAUUCAAGGCCCACGAUUUUUCUAACGAACAACUGAAAAGGGCGCGGAGUUUCUCUGAAGGUAUUGAAGACAUGGGCGGACACGUCAAGUUCUGUGCUGAGUCUGUGGCGAGUAGAAAUCCACGAGCCAUGACGUCACCGAGGGAACUCAAUGAAUUCCAGUUGACGUAUGAGCGGGACAGGGAAAUGUCCAGACGUAAGAACAGAUCGUCGCUCUUAGACUUUUCUCCGGAGAACAGAAACGAUGGCGAAAGUAGAGACAUCGGGGACAGAGUCGCUGUCAUUGCGAGAAACUACAAAGCUACUGAGGAGAGUGACGCGAAAGCCGUGAAUUAUCGUUCCAUUCUGAAGACGACGGAAAGAAACGACGAUGACGAUACUGCUUUGGACGGGAAAAUGGCGGCCAGGUCGUCAAAGACUGACUUGAGACACACAGACGGGCAGACGUCACCCUCAUAUCGGCCGGAGUUGCGGCGGGUGAUAAAACGACCACCAAGUGAGCGCAGACAUCACCGAGGAGGUUCCUCCGAUCCCGACAGACGUAUAGGCGGCUCUCCCAGUGACGUCAUGGGUUCAGAAGGUAACCCGGAGGUCAUUCAGUACACGACCCACUUUCCGCGCAGUGCCUCACACGUUGACCGUGAUGUGGUGGACCUGGAUGCGAACUGGGACCGCUUCGAACAUAGACGCUCGCACUCUACGACAUUUCCCCGUAACUCUGUGGACCCGGAGGAAGUAAGAAUGACACAAAACGACAGACGCUCUGUGGAACCUUCUUCCUACGGAGGUCAUUUCUCUCGUCUCGCCGGCCGAUACUUCGAGAGAUCUCAGUCCGCGACACCGACAACUGGACGGAUUGUGUCCGAUACAGGCACCAGUUCAGCUCUCACAAGAGGAGCAUUACACGAGACCCGUUCAACUCCGAUAAGAGACGCAUCUCUAAAAGCCCACCUUAACAUACUCGGAGCAAGCCUGGAGAGUUUGUCUUCCAAACUGAACAGCGGCUCAGAGACAGACACGAGGAGUCUCAGGUCGGAAUCUCUGCUCAGUCUCUCCGUCCAGGGAGGGAGAUACGAUGACGUCAUGCUGUCUGGUGCUCGUGCCCAGAGACGACAGGGGGCCUCGGGCUAUGGCACUCGCCUACAUAGUGGGUCAGACGAGACCACUCAUCCCACGGGACGGGCGAGAUCUGUGGGAGCCAGCCCUGUUAUUUCUGCUUCUUCCAAAUUUGAGCGGGGAAAUAAUAACGCCGAUGAAUCUGACAGAUUCCGUGGUGCUUACAAAACAGGCACUGCACUCGGCACCCGAGAAUCAUCGCCUGCCAAAAACAGCGAGUCGUCUUCCGUGUCCCCGUAUCCUGUGAGCUCUGACGUCACAAUCCCCAGCAUGCAACUCGCCAGAGCGUCAGAUUCCGUCAGUUCCGUAUCCGGUGAGUCGCCGAGGGUAAACUCGGCCCGGUCCAGACAGACGAACGUCCAAGAUUAUGAGGGAGACAACACACUCAGCAACUGUUCAGAACUAGAUACCAGUGCUUCGGACGUGAAUGUCCAGCCUUCACGAAGAGACAGGAGUCGUGGAGAUGGUAUAACAAUCCAAGAGGUUUCUAACUCUUCACUAGUUUCUUCUAUAGAUGAACAAGAUAAGGGGGAUAUGAAGAAGACGGCCAAAUACCUGGCUCGGUACAGCGGUGCUGCGAGUGAGAGAAAGUCGAGUACGUCACUUUCUGGUGACGGUGCUCAUGGUCAGAGGACGAGUGCAGGGUCUCGGAGUGAGGAAAAACUGGCUCGUGUUAACGGUGCUAAUGACAGAGAUAUCAGCGACGAAAGUGACUCAACACUCUGCGACCAAAGUAGUCGAGAUAUUCACGGAAAAGUGUCAACAGAGCGAAAAUCCGGGACUGAAAGAUAUUCUGUUGGUGCAGGCAUGCAUUCGGAGAGACAAGAAAGUGUGCGAGUUAUUUCUCGGAAAAUUCCUCUGUCUUCUUCCCCGGUCAAAGCCGUGCACCCUUCGAGUCGCAGACAAGACCAUCAAAAAGUGCACGAAAAUCUCGCAACAUCUUCACAUAGAAAGACAAAUUCAUCGUUUACAGACAGAAAGCCGCCUCUCUCCGAACCCACGAACAGAAGGUCUGGCGAUGACUCUCCUUACGCCAACGAUCCACACAGACGCAGAGACAGAAAAAUUCUAGUCAACCGUAACAAAGAUCUGAAAAGUGAAUCGUCCAACUCCCCACCCCCGUCACAACAUCUGGCGACAGGAAGCAGCUCCCGGCCAGACGCGAAACAACGGACGCCAGAGAGAAGUAAGAGCGCGUUAGGUCUUCUCAUGACCAAAACAGGAUCUUUGACGUCCUCCCCACUCCCUUCCAAAGGCAGCUUGGCGCAGUUCAAAGCUAAGCUCCGCCCACAUAGCUCUAUGGACAGUUUGCAUCAUCACCACCAAAGCCCAGGGACCGGCAGCUCUCUGAGAAAUGGUACUGUGAGUAGAAGUAAACGGGGACGUGGCUCUGAAGACUCUAGCCCCGCCCACUCCACCAAGGGAGGCGAGCUGUUGAUCGACAAGGUGAAAAAACUGCACCAGGAGAUAGAGUCAAGACUACACAGUAAAGAAAACGCUGCUCACAACGCCAGUAACUACGACGUUGGCGAGAGUAGCGGCGAACACAGCGAAGAAGAGACCAGUGUCAAGUCAGAAGUCAGUACAGUGCUCAGCGAGAGAAGAGCUCAUUCCCGACACUCCAAAUCAGUCACUACGAAGAAAUCAUUUCAAAAUUCUGCCCAAACCGAGAAAGAAGAUCCCUCUCGUUUUUCCACGAGCACACCUGUUAAAAAGGCGCCGGUUGCAAAUUCAAAUCUAGCCACUGUUCCACAUUCACAGAGUACGUCAUCUCUUGAGAUGAAACAUUCAGAAGGACUUAGGACUUCCAACCCGUCGCUCGCACACAAUCUCCGUCAUAUCAUCGACGCCAGAAACAGACUCACGCCCGACCUAAACGCCAUGAGAAAGAAAUACAGAACCGCCAAACACGACGACAGCGAUGCCGAAAGUCUGAGCGAGUGUGAGGACAGCGAUGAAGAGUUGAGAAAGAGAAGGAUACAACGCCCUGGAUCUGUUGGACCUAGUCUAGAACACCGCGUAAACAACGACAACAACAACAACAAUAACAACAAAAACAACAAGAAAGAUAUCGUGAGUCGCAUCCUGGGCAAGAUGGCGUCAGAGAUGGGCGGAAAGAACCCGUCCCUGUAUUCGUCCUCCUCGUCUUCCCUGGCCUUCUCCGAGCACAACGGCUCUCAUAACGGCUCUCAUAACGGCACCAGCAAGUGGAUGUCUCUGGCGAACGGCGUGAGGUACAGUUCUUCAAGGCUUGGCAGCACUUUGCGGUGGCUUCACGAGAGAGACGCUUGAAGAAGGAAUCUCAAUUCCUGGCAGCUGACACGUUCUGCCGCCAGCGCCUCCUGGUCUACCACUACAUCACGUGGUACCAACGUGCCAGACACAGCAGGAAUUCGCGCCAGGCCCAGGCUCUGUUCACGCGCCACAUGCUGACCAAAGGCUUCAACGCGCUGCGGUGGUCAGUGAGUCGCUCCCAGCACCAGACGGAGAAACUGCAGGACAAGGUGCACUCUAUGCAGCUCAAGUUUUCCUUUAUCAAGGGUGCGCCACAUGAGAGAGGUACGCCACAGCAACUUGUUGGCAGACGCCAUGAGGACCUGGAAGAAACGCUACAGCAGACACUACAAGCAGAACCUGGCUUUCUCACACUUUCGGCUUGGGAUGCUGCGACAUUCGCUGAGCACCUGGAGAGAGUUUAUUGCACUGUCCAAAGAAAAGAAGGAUAAAUACUCAUCGGCUGUGAGAAAACAUAAUCACACACUUCUUUCCACGACGUUCUUCACCAUGGUUCUGACGUACAAGAAAAGCCGGAAGGCUAGGGCGUAUUUCAGACACCAGAGACUGUACGAGGUAUUCUGGGCGUGGCGUGACGCCAGCAAGAUUUGUCGCACGGAAAGACAGGCAGACAUGACACUGAGCAGGGACCACUGGCAGACACACAAACUUCGCUCCACAUUCUCCGCCUGGCGGGAUCGCCUCAUGGUGUGUCGGGCUGAGAAGCAGGCCAACUUUAAAGUGUGUCGGAAUGCUUUCAUACUGUGGCUGCAAGCCUGGAAGAAAAACGUGGUUCAUCGAGAAAUGGUUGAGACGACCUUGACCCGUAACAAACUGAGACGAGCGCUGAUCACGUGGCGUCAAAACGUUGUCCAGCUGAGACGACAACAGAGAUUGGCUGUCGGGCUCAUCGAGAACUGUCACUUGAGACAGACGCUGAGGACGUGGAGACAGUACACAGCUGCUCGGGUGGUGCUGAAGAAAAAGGCAUCUGUCCACCGUGCCACGUACCAGAGGAAGACUUUGUGCUCUUGUUUCCUCCUCUGGAUGGAGAGUUGUCGGCAAAAAAUGGCCGAACAUCAGGCCUGGCAGUUUUGGUCAGAAUGUUGUGCCAGAAAAAUGGCGGCCCGCUGGAGGCAAAAUUGUCACAAACAAAUCUUGUCGAGGCUUCUAAAUGACACCCAGCCACAGAGAGAAAGCCGCUUACUUCACGCUAUGUUUACCCACUGGCUUGCGUCCUUUGAGAGGAGAAAUCAGGAGAAGGAAGAGGCGGAGAGUAUGAGAGGACGCUUGGAAUGGUCGCGUCUGCAGAGAAACUUUGAGUUCUGGAAGAACGCCACGCAGAAAGCUCUGAUUAUCAAGCCGAUGGUUCAGAGACGAGAGAGGGAGAGCAUGUCUUCAUGUUUUGCUCAAUGGCAGCAGUUCAUUGCUCAGAAAUCUCAGUGGAAGCUUGGACUACAGACAUGUCAUAAGAAAAACCUGCAAAAGGCGUUUUCUUCUUGGAGAAAACAGUACAAAGCCGUGCAAGUGGAGAAACUGAUCAAGAAGCAAAUUUCCAACGGGUUACUGCUCUGUUACCUGGAAGAGUGGAGGUUCUUGAUCCUACGCAAACGCAAGAGUCGAGAUUUCCGCAGCAGUCAGCUUCUCCGGAAUUCUUUCACAUACUGGAGCCAGAGAGCUGUGGCCCAGCUCAGGCAGAGAGAGAGAAUGGAGGAGGAGGAGGAGAUGAGCUUUGAGAUGAAACACAAAUAUUUCUGGAUGUGGUUGGAGAAUGCCAGAGGUCAGGGUUCAGAGACUGGGCAGGUCUUGGAGGGUUUUCUACAGCAGCAGGAGCGGGCGAGGGUGGCCAAAGCUUUCUGUAUGUGGAGGAGACACAUGCACUCCACGCUUAUCGCAAGGGCGUACCAAAAGAGUCACAGCCAAAGACUUCUACGCACACUUCUCCUGGCGUGGCAGGAAGCCAAGAGCAACGCGGAGACAGACGCCAUUCAGAAGUUCUCGGAGAGGAUCGGCCUAAGCGAGGCCAGCGGCAGCGAUGUAAGACAAGAUACCCAGAAUUCCUCUCUGCUCUAUCUGCAAGAUGGAGGGGCUGAUGGAAUGUGGGAGCUUGAUUUCACUCUGGAAGACAAUGACAGUGGCCGGUUCAACAACAGCUUCAACUCCUCUCUGUCCCUAGCCUCAUCCGCUCGGAGGCAAAUGUUAGCGGAGUUGUUUGGUGAGAGCGAGGGCAGCGGCUAUUUGGAGGGGGACACGGACAGACAGGCCUUGCUGUGUGGGGGGCUCCAAGCGGCCAUGGAUGAACACCAGGCCAGGUGUGCACGGCUCAAGGACACAGUACAGGCAGCCAUCACACGCCUCCAGAACUGGCCAACCUGUGUGGCCUUCCAGCAGUGGCUCGAGUUCACCGCCCGGCAGAAGGAGCUCAAGAGCUUAGCCCUCGCAGCCAGCCAUCUACACACCACCACGGAGAUGAGGCUGGCCUUCAGAGAGUGGUGCCGAGGCUGCGAUGCUACGAGGAAGGCAGCGAGGCAUUGGAGCCAACAGAUGCUGGGCAAGUGUAUGGAGGCCAUUCGUCUGUACAAAGACCAUCAGCGCUACAAGAAGCUUCUCUCUGCCCUGGCUCACCGGCACGCCACGAUGGUCGCUUUCCACAAGUGUUUUCCUGUCUGGCUCAGAAAGACCCGAGACCAACGACAAGAGAAGAAUAUCCUUCACCUUUGGAGUUCAAGGACAGUGCGGGAAUUGGAGUUACUGCCCCUGGAGACUGAGCUGACCGCAUCGCUAGGUCAGAGGUCGCUGUCUGUGUGUUUCUCGCUGUGGUCAGUGCGCUACCAGACGGUGGCCAGGCUCCGGGCCGUUUAUCACCGCAGUCUUCUCUCAUGGGUUUGGACUGCGUGGAGGAACUGGGCCACGGAGAGGCAUGAACUGAUGUCUAAGUCACAGUCGUUCUUGAAGCGGAGGAGAGAAAAAUUGGUGUUCAGUUUUUGGCUGGACAGACUUCAUCAGAGCAGGGAGGUGGAGAAAAAAUACCAUCUGGCCUGGAGUAACUAUCAGCUGCUCAUUCUGCGCGAGUGGAGCGUGUGGGCGAAGAUGAACCAAAAACUGCGGUCGAGUCAGACGUUGUUCAUGCAACAGAUGUCUGUGCGUAACCUGGGAACCUCAUUCUCACGCUGGCGCAGCCUGACGCUCAAAAUGCAAGCUCUUCACAGCACACACAGGACUAAAGUCAUGCUCAGGUAGGAGUGAGAUCUAUAAGAGUGAUGAGUAGAUAGAAAUUGUG